CAGAUUUGAAUAUGCCGCUACAUGAAACCAUGGUAAAUUUAGUUUCAAAUCUAAGUAUUGUCUGUUUAAUGUUCCAUGUGUUGGAUAAACCUAUUACGUAUGAUAAGGAAUUUUCGGGGUCAGAUUGGUUGUCGUCAGUUGCGAUCAAUUAUAUCGAUUACUAUACUGAAUUAUAUUCGUCUCCUAUUUGAAAGACAUGCUCGUUUCGUAAUUUUAUAAUCGUUGUGUUAUGCCAGAAAGAAUAUUCUAAAUUUACAACAUGGCACAAGAAGUCGAGGAAACCAUGAAACGUAUACAAUCUCACAAGGGCGUUGUUGGAACUAUUGUAGUAAAUGCGGAAGGAAUUCCUAUUAAAUCCACAUUGGAUAAUACAACGACAGUGCAGUACGCCGGCCUGAUCAGUCAGCUGUCAGACAAAGCACGCUCUGUAGUUCGUGAUUUGGAUCCAACGAAUGAUUUGACUUUCUUACGUAUUCGUAGCAAAAAACACGAAAUAAUGGUUGCUCCAGACAAAGAAUUCAUACUCAUUGUAGUUCAAAAUCCAGUCGAUUGAUAUUUGCAAAAAGGAAUAUUAUGCAUUGUAAACCUUCACAAAAUUUGAAUUUUAUGUUUGUGACUAUUA